CGCCGCCAUCUUGCUCGAGGAGGGACCGCCUCCUUCCCGGUUGCUGGCUGGUUAGCCAGGAGGUGGGGCUCCACCACCCGGAGGGGUGUGGCCAAGCGAUGGCGACAGCGGAGCCCAGUGGGCAUGCGGUUCUGGCGUCCGUUCUGGGACCCCGGCCCAGCGGUGCUGGGUCUGCAGGUCCGCCCUCCGGCCGAAGCGGUAUUGGAGUAACCCGGCUUGGGGAGCGGACUCUGGCUGCUGUGGAGAAGCGGGGGCCAUACAUGGUGACGCGCGCGCCUUCCAUUCAGGCCAAGUUGCAGAAACACCGGGACCUGGCCAAGGCAGUUUUGCGGAGAAAGGGCAUGCUGGGUGCCGCGCCGAACCGCCCCGACUCUUCAGGGAAAAGGUCAGUGAAGUUUAACAAGGGCUAUACUGCUCUUAGUCAGAGUCCAGACGAAAACCUGGUGUCCCUUGACUCUGACAGUGAUGGGGAGCUGGAAUCCAGAUACUCCUCCGGGUAUUCCUCUGCAGAGCAGGUGAACCAGGAUGUGAGCCGGCAGCUGCUCCAGGAUGGGUAUCACCUGGAUGAGAUUCCAGAUGAUGAGGACUUGGACCUUAUCCCCCCCAAACCUAUGGCCUCUUCAACAUGCUCCUGCUGCUGGUGCUGUCCUGGGAACUCUUCCUCCUGUACCCUCCAGUAGACAAAAUCCCCUAAGAUGGGUCCUGCUCACCAUGCCUGCAGAGUCCACUUGGCCCAUCAGGGGUGACAGUGUGGUGGGAACUGUCAUCAGCCCCAGAACACUGGAAGCACUGAUGCUCUAGGAAAGUCAGUGACCUGCAGUUACCCCUCACCUGGUGCUUCUUAGCCAGAGGCCCCCAUCUGAGCCAUAGGGUAAUAAGUAGCAUUCUGGAGUUUUCCUCUGCUGCUGGAGCAGAGUUUGGAGAAACCACUUUAAUAAGGGCAGGUACAGAGGAAUUCUGGUCUUAUGGUGAGAGACAAAGCUGGCUAACAGAAAAACUUGCAGACAUCUUGACUAGUAUUUGUCAUCAUGCUCUAUGGAGGGAAAAGAGAGCUUUUGUGCCCAGGCUGUCCUGGUGGUGUAAUAUAUGGAGGCAGAAUAUAAAAGGCAUUUUAUGGCUUUUGCAAGAGAAUCUUUGAACAAGAAUUUAUUUGGGACCAGUUCAGUUCAAGGCAUUUCAUAUGCUCUCUUCCUCUUCCUAGUUCCGGGUGGGUUACACCUUACCUUCAAGAGGGCAUAAAGCAGGCCCUUUGGCCUCUUUGCAUUGUGCCUGUUUGACCAGAGCAGGGAGUACAGCAGGUUGCUUGAUGGCACAGCCUCAUCAAGGCUUCCAGAAUCCCUGGACUCAGAGCGGCCCCAGCUGGUCCAACUGUCUGGAUGACUUUAGUGACUCCAGUCAUUCCAUCAAUAGUUAGAGGAAAACUGCUCUACUGUGUAGACAAAAUUUGUCUUUCUUUGGUUGCCAUUGUUCACCUUGGUCAGAUAGUAUCUAGUCUUUAAGCUACGUUAGUAUGAAGGUUCUGGAGCUUGCCCCAGAGGCCUGCAGUUUUUGGUUACCAGCAGAGGGAGCUGCAGGAGCAGUGAGGGGCCUUCCCACUUGUUCAGCUUUUUAAACUUGAGGAGCAGUGGAUGUGUAUGCUAGAACAGCUCUGUGGGCUUUGGCAUAGAUGGAGGCUCACAGUGAGGAGGAGGGACCUGUGGAAGCUCCCAAGGCCCCUACCCAAGGAGAUAAUCUUGCCAUUGCACAGGGCCUCCCUUCACCCUAGUGAGGGCCAUUCAGUUGCAUCUAGAUGCCUCUGACCACAGCAUGGGCCUCACAGUGCAUACUUGGGGUUAGACUUUAUAGAGUAAACCUCUGGGUGCAACACAGGCCUAAUCUCCCACUAAAUAGCAUCUCUUGCUAUACCAGGUCUCUCUCUGGAAUUUAGUUUUUCAGUGGUUCCUCUUUUUUUCCUGUCUAAAACCAUGAGGGGUAUGGUAGUCAGGAUUGAGGUGGGCCCCACCUUGGGAACAUGCCCAGUUUGUUGCUUCAUUUGGUUAGGACAGUGUAGCCUGAGUGACAGCUUCUGGGAGUGAGGGUAGCAGUGGGACCUCAAGACUGAGACCUCCAGUGGUCAUUGCUAUAAAUCAACACUGGUAUUUUGGGUUGCACUUGUCCCUGGAAUGUUCUAGAGCUGGUUGACCUUGUCUGGUAGGCAUUACUUUUAUAGAAAAAAUUUCUGGAACACCAUGCAGGGAGGCAGGGUAGAACUGGUCAAUUGUCUUGGGCUAGAAGCCACAGGCUAAAAUGUCACCAGUAAAGGCACCAAGGUACCUAGAACCAAACUGCCUUAAUUAACAGUGCUGGGUGUUUUGCAGGUGACAGUGCCCUGGGGAGUAAAGGGUAUAUUCAGGCUUACCUCACAGAUGGGAGCAGUCCUGUAUGGUGUUUACAGAAUACUCUAUAGAACUCCUGGCUUAGGCUUCUACAGCUCUGUAAGUUUAUAAGAAUAAACACAAUCAUGGGA